CGCUGGACUAUGUUAACUCGGGACGCUAUGUGUGCUCGUACCUUACAGGAAGAAAUUGAUAAACGUAUAUAUUGUAUGGCGUCUACCAGUCAAAAGUCUUUGGAAACCAGCAAUCUAAACGGAUCUGUUGAUGCUGCAUAUGCAGCAGAAACUUUUACAGGUAAUCCGACGACGGAUGCCGACUGCAGCGCAUCAGCGACUGAAAAUGUGACGCCUGAGAAUGUAGGGGAAUCUGCUGUGUCUGUAACUAGUACUGCUGAAGUGCAUUUUGUUCAAGAGCCUCAAACUAGCGAGGAAAUUGACACGCAGGUACCAUCAACUUCAUCAGCACCGCCUGACUCGCCGGCUGAAACAGAUAAUGAUGCGACAUCCACUGAUGAAGAACGUGUUAUCUACAGUUAUCAUCAGCUUAGUGAAAUGGCGUUAACGUUGUUCAAAAAGGAAAAGUGGAUUGAGGGAAAAUACGAGAUUAUUGAAGUUUUACUGUCGCGAGAUCCAGUUCUUGGUCUUGGCAUCACGUUAGUUGGUUAUGUUCAUUCCAAAGUUGAAAUACGAGGUGUCUUUGUGAAAUCCGUGGUUCCAAACUCAAGUGCUUAUUAUACAAAAAAGAUUAAAUUACACGAUCUGAUUCUGGAGGUUGAUGGACGUUCGUUGGAAGAAAUGAACCACGAUGAAGCUGUUCGAACCUUGAUGAAAAGUGGAUCUCGGGUUAAGCUCAAGCUGGUGCGGUUUCAGCACGGCACACCGCAAGAACAGUGCCUAAAAAUGCUUCAAGAACAGGUACCAGUUUUAUGUAAGGAGACUGCAACACAAGUGUUUGAUAUGCAGACGACAUUGGUUGAUGUGGUGGCUGCGUGGAAGAAGAAAUUGGGUGUCGAUUUUGAUGUUAUAAGUGUCGACCUUAUUCCCGACAAAUGCGAAGACGGAGGACUCGGUAUUACUAUUGAGGGAACAGUCGAUCUGGUGGACGGUACGCAGCUAUGUCCACAUCAUUACAUUGGAUCUUUAAGACCUGGAGGUCCAGCCGCCAAUUCAAACUCGUUACGAUCUGGCGACGAACUGUUGCAGGCAAAUGACGUCGUGCUAUAUGGAGAAUCGCAUGUUACUGUGAGACAGGCUUUAAGUCGAGCAGCCUCUCGUCUGCAGUGGGUCCGUUUAACGGUAGCCAGAAAAGCGCAAACUGUUAACGUUUUUGUUCCCCAGAACUACGAAAAGAGUUUGCCAGUCGCUUAUCCAUUGCUUGCGGCACCUGAUGACAGGUUUGUAAAGGCAAAGUCUGAUACCUGUUUGACCCUAUCUUGCGACAAAACUACUGCACUUUUGGAACAAGUAGUGGUUUCUGAACGUUUACGAUCUAGGUCCUUACAACCAUUUACCGGUUUAGCAAUUUGGAAAUGUGUUCCAAUUGUCGUUUUUCUUGAAAAAGAUAGUAAAGGUCUUGGCUUCUCCGUUGUCGACUACAGAGACCCGGUGCAUCCAGGCCAGUCAGUUAUUGUUGUGCGAUCUUUAGUCCCAGGUGGUGUUGCUCAAGCCGACGGUAGAAUAGUACCCGGUGACCGAUUGAUGUAUGUCAACAAUGAAGAUCUGUCAAACAGUACGUUGGAUCACGCAGUAGAAGUCCUUAAAUGUGCUCCGCAAGGUGUCGUACGUCUCGGAAUCGCUAAGCCUGUACCUAUUGAACAAGUUUGUUAUUUUGCUAGAAUUUUUUUCUCAAUUAUUGAUUUAGAGCAUCUGAUCGAUAGUUGCUGUUUUCUACUUCAUUUUUGA